AUGUCAUUCUGCUCAUUUCUCUCGAGAAUCGUCAUCUUCAUCAUGAAUCUGGCCCAACUGGUUUGUCCGCUCACCCAUCUCUCCCGGUCCAUUCGAGAUCUUUCAGUUGGUGGCACUCGCCGUCAUCGCCCUCGCCCUCUGGAUCCGAUUCGAUAAGAGCUUCGAGUCGGAGAUCAGAGCCAACAUUCUGAGGGACACGGACGCGGAACCGCUGGCGGGGGUCAAGUCGGACAUCCGAACGGGCAUCAUCGUCGCCUUCUGGGUCAUCAUCGGGUUCGCCAUCGCCAAUGUCGUCAUCGGCUUCGUCGGGGUCAUCGGAGCAGUCAUCAGGAGCAAGUACCUUCUGGUGAGCAUCUUCCCCUCUCUUUCCCUUUCUCAAAUCUCUCCUUCAGGCUCCGUAUCUUCUCUCCAUGAUCAUCCUUUUCCUUCUGGAAAUCGCCGUCGGAAUAACGACGCUCGUGAAGAGAAAGUCCGUGCGAAGGACCGUUAAGGAGUACGUAUUCGACGCGUACAACAUGAACUCGCAGUCCGACAUCGACGCGUUCACAUUCAGAGUGAGUUCUUCCUCCAGAUCCCCCCUCCCAUUCCAUGUCUUUCUUUAGUACAAUUGCUGCGGAGCCGAGAAUCUGCCCAACCUUUCGUGCUUCGCGGGUCAGCCCACUUGCUCCUCGGCCGUCUGGGACCGUCUCGACUUCACCAUGAUGAUAUUCGGAAUCGUGAUGCUCAUCAUUGUCGUCCUCCAAAUUCUCACCGCCCUCGUCACGGUACCCAUCAUAAUCGACAAGAAAAGGGAAAGUUCAUACUAUCAACAAUAA